AUGAAUGAAGAUUUUCAUUACGAAUAUGUUGUCGAUGAUAAUGAUUAUAAUGACAAUGAUUACGAUGAGGCUUUUAAGUGUAUGGAUUUGGAUGGUUCUUCAUUGAAUAAUUAUAAAAAUGAUAAAAAUGAAAAAAGUUUAUUGAGUAAAGGAUACGAAUCGUUUAUUAUAAUAAAAAAUUAUUUAAAAGAACAACGGAUUAUCGAUAAAACGAUGGAAGCGUUUAAAAAAUCAAAAUGCAUGUAA